AUGACAAAAUCAAAUAUCACGACUCUUCCAAAAUUGCCCAAAGAAGCAGUUCGCUUGGCCCACCUACUCGAAGAUUUCUUUCAAACAGAGAAAUCGUGGACUGGUUAUUUACAUCCCGACCAAAAAGUUCUAAUAACAUUUAUUGCGCAAAACUAUGACACGGAGUCUACUCCCACAAAAUCUGUCACUCGAUCGGACAAUAACCUUACCUGCUAUCCUAGAAGAUGGACACACAAGAAGCACCAAGUGAAAAAAGCGAUUGAAAAGACAGUUGAUCUAGCCUCGCCGCUAUUGGAGCGGAGUUGGAGAUCGCAACUUGGGGCGAAAUCAAUCCUUGACCUACCCGUCGAGCUGAUGUGGCUUAUUGAGCGUGAGCUAUCAGACAGUGAGCUUUACAAUCUUUGCCAAGCAAAUGGGGAUCUCUACCACAUCUUGAGCGGGCGGCUUUGCUGGCGAGGUAUGCAGGACCUGCGUGCAUUUAAACGAAGCCUGCAAAGGAAUCAGAAAGAAUCAUUCAUAAAGGCAAUCGAACUACUAUCAAAUGUUCCAGAGACAGCGCCAUGGAAUGCAAUCUCAUUGUAUUACAUGGUGAACAACGAAAAUGUCAAGUUGAUACAGUUCUUAGUUUCUAAAGAUGGCUUGCUCGGAUGCGCAUUAAGGACACUCAUCCAAAGAACCCUGAAUUGCAUAGGACGUGACAAUCACGAUCAAAUAUAUGAAAGUGAUAACUGGAGAUCCACCGAACACUGUUUGAAGUGGGGGGCUGACCCCAACUAUCGUUUUGAAGACGGCUCUUCCUGGAUAUGCUCUACAAUCAAAUCAUCGAAACCUUUACACGGGCAUGAGCUGGAUGUUGAACAUGAGACACAAGAAAGAGGAGAAAGGGCGUAUCGGCAUGUCAAGCUAUUACUUGCCCAUGGGGCUGACCCGAAUUCUGUGGGGUCCCCAACCGAAAUGGCUUCGACGCUUCAUUUAGCAUGCCUGUAUAACCAACCCAAAAUCGUGCAGGCAUUGCUCGAAGCGGGCGCAGACCCCAACGCAAAAGAUUCGCGCGGCUGCACCCCCUUGCACAUGUUAUUCGAACCAAGUGUGCUCAACACAAGUUAUCAGGACAUUCUGCUUGAUAUUCUUCUUGCGGACCCAAAAGUCAAGAUUGAUGAGCGCGACAAUAACGGCUCGACUCCAUUGCACGCUGCUGCGACUUGUAGAUACAACAGAUCGGCCGCUCUGAGAUGCGCCAAGAAAUUUGUUCGCAUGCCAGACGAGGUCGAUAUCAAUUCUCAAGAUGGUGAGGGGCGAACACCGCUUUGGGACUGUAUCGCCAUCAACCAGUAUUAUAUGACUCGUCUCCUCCUAGCACAGGAUAGGCUUGAUCCAAAUCUUGGUCCGGCGGAUGCUUUUCCAUUAUUGCUUGCUGUUGAUCUUAAUCAGCAAUUGACAGUGGAACAUUUGCUAGAAUCGAAGCGAGUCGAUGUCAACAAGCAAACCAGCACAGGGCAAACAGCUCUUUUGAAAGCGAUCGAUGUAGGCAAUAAGGAAGUUAUUAAGAUGCUUGCUAAAGCUGGUGCCAACCCGGAUAUUGGAAUGAGCAAAGGCAGAACAGCACGGCAGCAGAUUUUGGCCGCAGGUAUUCGUGUUAAAUGGAAGACUCGCCCGGUAUAA